CCGACCAGUGGAUGAUUGCUUUGGUCAACGUUUCAGUCAUAUUUACUUCCUUAUUUGCGCCAUUGAUUUUGGUGAAUAGAAGGAAAGAUAUACACAGAGAGAUAGAGAGAUAGAUACGCUCCCAAGUCCCAACCAUAUCUUUCUCCUUCAGGUCCUCUGAGCUCACAAAGGUUCCACCUUUUCAAUAGGGUUUUGAUUCUUUCAUCAAAAGUUUGUGACUUUUUUGGUUUUGGGGUCAGAAAUCGAAGAAGAUACCGCAAAUGGGUGGUGGUGGUGAUACAGAUACCAAUAUGAUGCAGAGGGUUAAUUCUUCUUCCGGUACAUCGUCUUCUUUGAUCCCUAAACAGAUAAGCUCUAAUCUUCACUUGAAUCCUGCUCUUAUCCGCUCUCAGAACCACCACUUCCGACAGCCUUUCACCGGACCUCCGCCGCCGAUCCCACCUGUUUCUCCUUACUCUCAGAUCCCGGCUACUUUACAACUUAAACAUUCUCGGUCUAUGUCUCAGCCCUCGUCUUACUUCUCUUUUGAUUCGUUGCCGCCGUUGAAUCCUUCUCCCCAGCCGGUUCCUGUGUCGGUGGAGGAAAAAAACGGUGUCGGGUUUAGUCCUUCGCUGCCUCCGUCGCCGUUCACCAUGUGUCAUUCUUCUAGCUCUAGGAACGCCGGAGAUGGAGAGAAUCUACCGCCGAAGAAGUCUCAUAGGCGUUCGAAUAGUGAUGUUACGUUUGGGUUUGGUUCAGUGAUGGCUCAGAAUCAAAAGACUCCUCCUUUGGUCCCUUCGAGGUCUUUGGAGAGAUCCAUCUCUGGUGGGAAGGUUUCAGACUGGUCUAAUUUGGUGAAGGAAGAGCCAAGAGAAGGCUUUGCCAAGGCAAGAAAAUCAGAGGGUGAAGCAGCUAUGGAUGAUGUUUUCACGGCUUAUAUGAAUCUUGAUAACAUUGAUGUCUUGAAUUCUUUUGGGGGUGAAGAUGGGAAGAAUGCUAAUGGGAAUGUGGAGGAGAUGGAGAGUAGUAGAGGUAGCGGGACGAAGAAGACGAAUGGGGGAAUUAGUAGUGAUUCGGAAGGAGAAAGCAGUGCGAGUGGGAAUGUGAAAGUUGCUGUGAGUUCCUCUUCAGGGGUGAAGAGAAGAGCUGGCGGAGACAAUUCUCCGAAUACUAGACAUUUCCGCAGUGUUUCUAUGGAUAGUUCUUUCAUGGGGAAGUUGAAUUUUGGUGAUGAAUCAUUGCUUAAGCUUAACGGUGAGUUUACUGAAGCUGAAAUGAAGAAGAUUGCAGCCGAUGAGAAGCUCGCUGAGAUUGUUAUGUCUGACCCUAAGCGUGUAAAAAGGAUCUUUGCGAAUCGUGUAUCUGCUGCACGCUCAAAGGAGCGGAAGACACGCUAUAUGGCAGAGUUAGAACACAAGGUGCAGACUCUUCAGACCGAAGCUACUACCUUAUCGGCUCAGCUCACACAUUUGCAGAGAGAUUCAAUGGGAUUGACGAGCCAGAACAGUGAGCUGAAGUUUCGUCUUCAAGCUAUGGAGCAGCAGGCACAAUUACGCGAUGCUCUGUCUGAGAAACUGACUGAAGAAGUCCACCGCUUGAAACUGGUGAUUGGGGAGCCGAGCCGCAGACAAAGUGGCAUCAGCAGCAGCGGAACUAACAUAUCAAAGACAUCGCUAAACCCGGAGAUGUUUCAGCAGCUAAGCAUCAGCCAGCUACAACACCAACAGAUGCAGCAUUCCAAUCAGAAUAGCACCAUGAAAGCGAAGCACACCUCAAACGAAUAGGGUAAGUACUGGGAUUUGCAGCUUCAAGUUAUAUAUAUGAUAAGAAACUUAUGUGCAGAGUCUGUAAGUGGUCUUCUGUUGUUUUGGUCAUUUUUAUACACAGUUAGGAUUUUUUUAUUUUCCCCUUUGGAUUUUGGAUUUUAAUUUUCUAUGAGACAGUUCUUUAAUAAGGGUUUAUAUAUAUUUACUGAAUCUAAUCUUAUAUUUGAUCUAUCUUA